GACUUUAGACGGAUAGCGCGUCAUCUUGCCUUCCCAAAUUUUCUCCUUCUGCAGUUCGAAUCCAAAACAUCUAUCUAUAGUGCAAGAGAAAGGGGAGAACGAUGUUUAACUCGGUUAAUCUGGGCAACUUCUGCUCACAGUCGCGAAAAGACAGGACUUCCGAGUUCGGAGACCGAGCGAGCUGUGCAUCCAACCUUUACCUCCCCAGCUGCACUUAUUACGUCCCCGAAUUUUCUGCAGUCUCUUCGUUCCUGCCACAGGCCCCAUCUCGGCAAAUCACCUACCCAUACUCUUCAAACCUCUCCCAAGUACAACCUGUUCGGGACGUUUCAUACGGUUUGGACCCCUCUAGUAAGUGGCACCAUAGAGGGAAUUAUGCAUCUUGUUACUCAGGGGAGGAACUGGUACAUAGGGACUGCCUUCCGCCAUCUUCCACCAUGACAGAAAUGCUGAUGAAAAACGAAAGUGUCUACAGCCAUCACCACCACCACCCGAGCUCCAACUACUCUUCACCGGGCUUUUACUCGGGUGUAGGGAAAAACAACGUUCUUCCACAGGGCUUUGACCGCUUUUUCGAAAGCACACUCAGUGGGACGGAUAACAGCUUGACAGAGAACUGUGUUCAGAAAGGCGACUCCAGGAAGCUGGAUUCAUCGUCCCAGCCGCGUGCCGCCCUUCACAGCACAGCAAAUCCAGAGAAAGACCCCGAGGAUGAAGAGGAAAACACAAAUUCGGGUUCUUGUCCCUCUUCAUCCGGCACGAAAGACGACAGCGCCAACAAAACCAGUCACUCGAGUACACCACGCACGAGGAAGAAGAGGUGUCCUUACACUAAGUUCCAGAUUCGUGAACUAGAAAGAGAAUUCUUCUUUAAUGUUUAUAUCAACAAGGAGAAACGACUGCAGCUCUCAAGAAUGCUAAACCUCACUGACCGUCAGGUCAAGAUUUGGUUCCAGAACCGCCGAAUGAAAGAAAAGAAAUUAAGUCGAGAUCGUCUGCAGUAUUUUUCUGGCAAUCCUUUAUUGUGAACUCAAACAAUCUCGUUUUGUUGAGAAAAAAACUCUAAAAUUGAAUGUCCGUUGGAGUACAUGGCCAGAGUCAACUUCAGCAUAAUACGAGUGUUAGGUCAUGGAAACGCUGGGAGAAUAAAGAUGAUCGAUUAUUCCUAUUUUUUUUCAUUUUUCCUUGUUUUGUUGAACAAAUGAAAAAAGACAACAUUAAACAUUGACCUCAGAGAAAUUAAGGUAAAAUAUUCCUUUUUCUGUACAGAAUUUAUUUCCAAUUUAAGAUUUGUAUUCAUACCUUUGCCACAUUUGGCCAAAUAUGUGAAAUAUUGUAAUUCCAAGUAGGCUACGACAUUUCUCAGUGUUUUCUUUCUGUUUGAUCACAUAGCCUGUUUCGAUUAACUUGUGAACUGUCUCUGAAGUGAAUUUUUUUUACCUCUGCAUUUGAUCAUUAUUCUCUCUUUGUGAAAUGUUUUGCUACAAAAUGAACCAACUCGAGGAGAGCCGCAAUAGACUUUUCAUAGAUGGGCUGCAGAUCGACCUAGAAAUAUAUUUGCCGCAGCCAAGAACUUGGACAUGAAACAUCGGUCCCACAUUAAUAAUGUUCUUCCAGAUACUACACAAUUAUCUCUGUACUGUAUAUACAUAUUUCACUUUACCAAAUGUUAUAUUUGCAAGAGUUCAGAAAAUAACUUGCAAACAACAGGGCUUACAGGCUCUUUAAAUAUAGUGGGCUUUUUGUUAAUGCUUGCCGUUUACAUGUUAUGCCGUAUGAAAAGAUGACGACGCGUAUUUGCAUCAGGUGAAAUAACGUAGCAUUACUUACAAAUAAACGAAUAGACUAUCUUCUUUGAAAGUUUAAGUUAUUAUUUUUACUCGAAUAGGUGUUAUUAUAGUCUGUGUAGUCAUGGAGAAGACUUGGGCUUUUUAGUUAACAGUAGGGGUAUGCACCUCAGCUUCAUGUAGGUCAUUGCUUCAGUUUA